AUGCAGCAGCUGAGGCGCCAGCUGCAGCAGCACCCGGGCCUCGCCGCCCUGCGGCAAGCGCCCGACGCCGUCAUGGCCGCCCUGCGAGCCGACCCCGCGCUGCGAGACGCCGCGCGCGCCGACCCGGCGCUCGCCAGUCUGCUGCAGCCCGCCACGCUGCAGGCGGCGCUGCGCGCGCUCGAGGGCGGCGCGCUCGACGGCGCCGUCGACGCGUGCGCCGGGGCCGGCGCUGGCGCCCACGGUGCCGCGGCCGCGGCGAAUGCGGCGCGGGAGCAGCUGCAGGGGCUCGACGACGUGCUCGGCGGCAGCGCGCCUACCGAGCGCCGGAAGGCGCUGAUGCAGCUGCAGGGCUACGCCCAGUCAUUGCUGAUGCAGCGGGUCAGCUUCUCGACAGAUCCCUCUGCUGAGUUUUUGCUGGAGGCAGCGAGCUCUGGCGUCGCGCCCUCGUCGUUCCCCGCAGUUGCAGCCGGGCCCAGAAUUGCAGAUGGGGCGGGGACGCUGGCUGGCGCAGACGGCGGCGCCAGCGGCGGCGCCGAGGGUGACGCGGUUGCGGCGGCGUCAGCCGCGCUAGCGGCGGCGCUGAGUAAGACGCCCCGGUUGACCCCAGAAGGCGGCGUGGCGGCCGUUGGUGGCAGCGGCAGCGGCAGCGGCAGCGCUGCUGGCAGCGCGGGGGGCAGCCUGGCGAGCUACAGGGGCAAAGGGCGCGGCAGCGCCGGCAGCGGCUGGGUCGAGGCGGCGCCCGCGGUCGGUCGCGCCGCGUCAGGCGGCUGGCCUGCGGGCCUGGGCCUCGACGCCUGCGCCUCAGCUGCGGGUUCCAAGGGAAGGCAGCCGGCCUCUGCCCUCGCACCCAGCCGCAGCGCCGGCGCCUCUGCCGCCGCCGGCGCGGCAGCGUGGGCCUCGGGGCCGCGCGGCGGCGGCAGCGGCCCGACCUUUGACGCCUAUGGCUUCGCCAGCGGGGCCGACGGUGACGUCAUCGUCGGGCCCAGCUUGGACCCUCGGACUUACUACGAGGCCGUCGCGCCCUCGGACUGGAAGCCGUCGGACGAGGAAGACCAGUCCUGCAUCGGACUGUACCGGCGCGCGUACUGCACCCACGCCGACGCGCUGUUCCCGCCCCUGUGGCUCGCGCUCGUGGGCGCUCUCACGCACAGCGGCCUGCUGCCGUUCUGGGGGCUCGCGCUGGCCGCGGCGGGCAGCUUCUUGCUGGGCUUGCGGCUGGUGGUCGUCGGGCUCGCGGGCGUGCAGCGGUCGCAGCUGCCCGCGGCCCGCGCCGCGCCGUCGGCGGUCGCGAGCCUUGAGGUCCUGUUUGCCGGCGUGGUCGCGUUCGACAUGCUGCCAGGCGCGUGGAUGGGCAUGGCGGGCGGCGCGGCGGUGACGCUCGCGGCGUGCUGCGCCGUCAUCGGUUUGCACCUGCGGACGUACCUUCUGGAUCCGGGGUUCACCCCGCUGCCUCCGCCAGAUCAGCGCGCGCACUGGCAGGGCGACGGCGCUGCCGGGGAGGCGUCCGGCGCACGGUCGCAGGGCGGGACAAAGUGCGGCGCAGCACCGUGUAAGGACGCGGCGGCGGCAGAGGGAGCAGAUGCUGCGCUGCUGCCUCUGUCGGAGCUGACAGGCGCCGCGGCGACCUUCACCGUCCACGGCCGGGGCGGCGGAGGCGGCAGCAACGGCGCGCAUGAUCAGGUGGCGAUGGCGGCAGAGCCCUCUGGAGGUGGCAAGGGCGCGCGCGGCACGGAGCCAGCCGCAGCUGCGUGCAGCAGCAGCGCGUGCGGCAGCGGCGCGUGUGGCAAACGCGGCGCAGGCCGGGCGCUGAACGGUUGCUGGACCUGCGGCGUGGAACGUAACUUGCGCAGCAAGCACUGCCCCUUCUGCAGGCGCUGCGUCGAGCGGCUGGACCACCACUGCUUCAUCAUGGGCAACUGCGUGGGCGCCGGCAACCAGCGCACAUUCCUGUUGUAUUUGCUGGCGCUGGUGGGCGCCCACCUCCUGUUCAUCCGCCUGGCUGUGUCACUGCUGAUCAGGGAUUUUUUGAAGCUCGAGGCCGCCGCGGCCCACGCCGCGCUCUCGGGCGGCGCCGCCGCCGCCGCGCCCGCGCCCGCGGCGCAGGGGCUCGCUCUGGCCUGCCGCGCGCUCUGGGCCGCGCGCGCCGCGCGCCCCGGCUGGCUGCUGCUGCUGCUGCUUGCCGCGCCGACGCUCGCCAUGGCAGCGGCGCUGCUCGCGCGGCACGCGCUGGCGGCGGCCGCGAACAUCACGGUGAACGAGUGGGUGAACCGGGGGCGUUACAUGUACCUUCGCCAUGAGUCAGCCGGCUACUGCAACCGCUUCGACCGGGGGGUCGCCUACAACUGUUGGUAG